AUGCCCUGUCUCGGUGGUCUUUCUCCGGCCGUGGGCGACGCAGGCAUGAGAGGCAACCUCGUGUCGCAACAAGACCCCGGGCCAGCGCAGGUAAUGUGGGCGAUUCCAUGGACCCAGGUCGUUACCUCCCCGUCCAUCGGGUCGCUACUCAAACGCGCCGAGUCCUCCAAUCUGGGUCCUCCCACGACUGUCUGCUUCUCAACUUCCACAACCUCCGGCCUCCGAAUCCACCGACGCCCAAUUCUUCGACACGACCCGACAUCAACAACCACGACGAUCGCCGACGCCGCACUUUACACCAACUUCUACCUCGCCGUCCCCAAGCGACCAUCGCGCCACUCGAUUUCGCUCGUCACCAACCCCGAAAACCCGACGGUUCAACCCACCUGGCACACGUUCAAUAGCCGGUCGCCUACUUUUCCCGCAGUCCAUGACGACCCCCGACCAAAUUCUUCUGCAAUACUUCUGCUGGCCCGAGACAAGACGCCGAGGACUGUGACGCGAUAUCGCACCCCCGACCCACCCCACCGCCAUCCACUGAUACGAGACGACACGGAACUGGACCACUUUCGACGACAAGGUCCUUUGGACACCGAUGCGAUCCACAUGGAGGCCUUUUACCCACAGCUCACUCCUCAAGAGCUGCAGCGACAGAUGUCGCAACAGUCUCAGCAACGCCAGAUGCAAGGCCAGGGUCAAGCAGGCGGUCACCCAUACCAUCAAAUGAAUGAAGGUCAUGGCAUGUCCAUAAUGGGUGGCAACGGCGACUCGCUUGACGACAUUAUCAACAGUAACAACCAUGAACUGCAACGGCGCCGCAGCAUACACCAACCAUAUAUGUCCUCGAAUCAGAAUAACCAGAACGCUGGCGCUGACAGGAGAAUGUCCAUGAUGGAGUUCGGCGCCGAUGACAAUCAGAUGCUUAACUAUCCCUUUCAGAAUCCGGCCAUGAACGGCGAGUUCACAAACAUGGCCGGCCAGAUGGGCAACGGUAUCAAUGGUGGCUUAGACAGCGGCAUGGCGAACAACGGAGGGAUGGGCAGCAGUGUCCCUGGCAACAUUUCCAUACCAGGAUCCAUGGAUGCGUACUCUGCCCACGACGGACUGCAGAUGUCGCCGACAAAUGCAUUUACCACGUUUUCCCCCGACAUGAUGAGUUCGAUGAUGCCUCCGGCAUACGCUAAUAUGGCCAUGCCGACCACGUCGAGUAUGAACAUGUACGGCCAAACAUCCAUGGCCAACGCUUUCCCGAGCCCUAUAAAUACCUCCGCCAAUGACAUGACCAUGGACCUGGGAGCCGAUGAAACGCCCGGAACAGCACCACAGUCUGCCCUAGACACCCCACCAGAUAUCGACAAUGCAGACAACGAGGCUAUGAGUAUGGGCCAGCAAUACCAACCGCCGGCAGACAACUCGAAUAGGACAAUGUCGCAAGUUGUCAAAUUUGGUUCUGUUUCAAGCGGCCCUCAGACAACUCCAUCGACUUUAUCCCGCGAGGUGUCAACCAACUCUGGUCAGACUUCCUCGCAAUCCCCUAACAAUCGAUCAUCGUCCAUGGCAACAAGCCAGACAGCUGCUGCUGCCGCUACCCCUACCGCAACGGCAGAAACUACUCCAGCCAUGGGACCUCAGACCCCUCGUGCAGAGUCGAAGGAGAAGAAUGUCUACUCAAAGAGUGGCUUCGACAUGAUGCGGGCGUUGUGGUAUGUUGCUACAAGAAAGGAUCCCGAGAUCCAUCUAGGCGCCGUGGAUAUGUCUUGUGCAUUCGUGGUCUGCGAUGUAUCGCUGAACGACUGCCCUAUCAUCUACGUCUCUGAUAACUUUCAGAACUUGACGGGCUACAGCCGCCAUGAAAUCGUGGGUCAAAACUGUCGAUUCCUACAGGCUCCCGACGCCAAGGUUGAAGCUGGCUCCAAGCGAGAAUUUGUGGACGACGCGUCAGUCUACAAUCUCAAGAAAAAGAUUGCCGAAGGCCGUGAGGUUCAGCAAAGUUUGAUCAACUAUCGCAAGGGCGGGAAGCCUUUCCUCAACCUUUUGACAAUGAUUCCGAUUCCUUGGGACGAUCCUAAUGAGGUGCGAUUCUUCGUUGGCUUUCAAAUCGACCUAGUUGAGUGCCCGGAUGCAAUCUCCCAGGGCCAGGAUUCGGGAGGUGUCAAGGUUAACUACAAACAUAGCGACAUUGGCCAGUAUAUUUGGACGCCUCCGACAGCCAAUACUGUCGAGCCUGAAAACGGACAGACGCUGGGUGUUGAUGAUGUGUCUACCCUGCUACAGCAGUUCAAUCCCAAGGGAGCAGUGUCUGACUGGCACAAGCAGUCCUGGGAUAAGAUGCUUCUUGAAAAUACCGACGAUGUUGUCCAUGUCCUAUCACUCAAGGGGCUUUUCCUCUACCUUUCACCUUCCUGCAAGAGAGUCCUGGAGUACGACGCGACAGAACUAGUAGGCAACUCCCUUUCGACCGUAUGCCACCCCUCCGAUAUUGUGCCCGUCACCCGUGAACUCAAAGAUGCCACGGCGGGCAAUUCGGUCAACAUUGUCUUUCGCAUAAGGCGGAAACAGAGUGGCUACACGUGGUUCGAGAGUCACGGCUCAUUAUUCUUCGAGCAUGGAAAAGGUAGAAAAUGCAUCAUUCUGGUAGGGAGAAAACGACCUGUUUUCGCCUUGAGCCGGCGAGACUUGGAAGCGCACGGGGGCAUCGGCGACAGCGAACUAUGGACGAAGAUCUCGGUAUCCGGCAUGUUUCUCUUCGUGUCUUCCAACAUUCGGUCUUUGCUCGACCUACAGCCAGACACCCUGAUAGGCACCAGCAUGCAGGAGCUGAUGCGCAGGGAAAGUCGUGCCGAAUUCGGACGGGCGAUCGAAAAGGCAAGAAGAGGCAAAAUAGUGACAUGCAAACACGAGGUUCAUAACAGGAGAGGACAAGUUCUUCAGGCACAAACCAUAUUGUACCCUGGAGAUGCCUCUGAUGGCCAGAAACCGACGUUCUUACUUGCACAGACCAAACUGCUGAAAGCGUCGUCGAGGACCAUCGCACCGGCGGCUACACCACCUGGAAGCGUCAAGUCGACCUCUCAGCUCAAUCAAACUCUACAACUCACACAACAGAAUAGCGAUCUUACGAAGACCGGCCCAUUGUCACUACCGGGUGGUCAAGCGAUGCCGGGCUCGCAAGAUGCUGCUCUAGCCUCGGAUGACAACAUUUUCGACGAGCUGCGAACGACCAAGUGCUCUAGCUGGCAGUUCGAGCUGCGGCAGAUGGAGAAAGUCAACAGGAUCCUUGCCGAAGAACUGGGCGGUCUAUUGUCAAACAAGAAGAAGAGGAAGCGGAGAAAGGGAGUGGGCAAUGUCGUCCGCGACUGCGCCAACUGCCACACGCGCAAUACGCCCGAGUGGCGCCGAGGCCCUAGUGGCCAGAGAGACCUCUGUAAUAGCUGCGGGCUACGCUGGGCGAAGCAGGUUGGACGGGUUUCGCCGCGCAAUUCGUCUCGAGGAGGCGCAAACACAAAUGCAGACGCACUCAGUAAGAAGUCAAACUCGCCAAUACACUCGUCCCAGCUUCAAAACGAAGUCAAGGCCAAUAACAGCACGCCAGCGAGGCUCAGCGACGGUUCAUCAGGGAAUGGCACGCCUGCUACUUCCGUUUCCGUCUCUAAAAGCCACCAAGGCAUGCCCCCUCCGAGUCAACCUCUUCUCGAAGGCGGUAGUAGCGGCGGAAUGACUUCCAUACGGGAAUAA